CUUCAGCUUUACCCAUAUAAAUUCACAGAAGAGUUGGAAAGGAAGCGAGCAGACGCUCACCCCAAUCUCAGUUCAGAGCCAGGCUUCCGGCCUAUCGGACACCUUUACCUCUGCCAGUCUGUACUGUCCUGCUUGGGCACUAUAGUGUGUAUACUGCCCCACAUCGCAGCGAACCUCGGCCCAAGAACCCACUUCUCCGGUAGCUUCAGUCAGUAGAGCUCCUUUCAGCUGUUGCCUAGAUACUGGGACGCACUACUGGACCGGAAAUACAGACUUAAAGAUUUCACCAUUCUGGCGGCCGUAAGCGGCGCGUGGUUCUGUGCGUCACUGCCGCCGCGCCACACUUCGAGAGCGGCGCUGUCCUCACAAUGUUCAAGGUAAAGCAAUUGGUGGCUGUUCCUGCUAGUUUGAGCUUCCUUGCUGUACAAGUAUAUGCUGCUGAGAAUGAAACUUCUAGAAAGAACUUACUGAAAGUUGAUGAGCUUUCACUCUAUACUAAUCCAGCACCAAAAUCAAAGUAUGUGGAAGAUACAAACACACAGUUGGAGGAAGGUAUCCGUUACGUGCGGCAUUCUUUGGAGCCUUACACAGCCUGGUUUCAGGAUUUUUCUGACAAAGCCAUGCCCAAGGCAGAAAAAGCAACCAAGUAUGGCAGAGAAGGCUAUGAACUUCUAAAAAACCCACCUCCAGGAUUUUAUCCAAGGCUUGGUGUCAUAGGUUUUGCUGGUAUUGUUGGCUUGUUUCUGGCAAGAGGUUCCAAAAUAAAGAGGUUGGUGUAUCCAGUAAGCUUCAUGGGGAUUGGUGCCUCUCUCUACUAUCCGCAGCAAGUCAUCACUCUUGCCAAGAUGACUGGUUCUCAGCUAUAUGACUGGAGUCUGCAAGCCUACAUAAAUCUAGAAUCCCUCUGGAAAGAUACUCCAAAAAAGAAAAAAUCUGCAAAAGCAAGUGACAAGGGUGAUGCAGAUAGUGACAAAACAGUGAAAACACAAGAAGAAAGAGCAAUAAAAUAGAAUUCUCCGUUGCGUCAUGUUGAACAGAUGGAGAGCCUGCAGAAGAUCAACAAUUUUCUAAAUAAAAAACAGAACCUGUGUUGACUAUGAGUACAGUUUGUGUUUUGGCUCAGCAAAAAUUUGCCUUACAAUCUGUUUGAAAUCACGAAAGGACACAGCCUUGUCUUCUGCCAGCUUUGGACUUUGUCAGAGUUCUGCAAGACCUUGUAGGUUUUGUCAGGACCUCGGCUUACAUCUGCAACCUUGAAACCUACUCACAAGGACAUAUGUUCCAUUGGACUGAAUGGGACUUAAUUCUAAGUAAUUGCUUAGGACUGGGCUGCAAAUUGAACCUCAAAACUCCUCAGUCUAUUGUUACUAUUUAUAGGCUUAAUUAAAAUGAAUUGCCUCA